AUGUAUGUUGAGAUGCCGUUUAUUACAUCAUCAACUUCAGGUUUAAAGAAUAAAAUUAAACACCUGACUAAUAAAUUAAGACCUGAUCUUGACAUCCAAUUCUUCUUCAAACCACCACCAUCAAUACAAACAUUUUUCCAAACCAAAGAUCCAAUUGCUAAACAUAUACAGUCAGAUGUGGUAUAUUAUAUUAAAUGUAAUGACUGUGAACAUUCGUAUCUUGGCAAAACUGAACGUCAAUGCAUACGAAGACUUUAUGAACAUGGUGCACCUACAACACCUUAUCAACCACAACAACAACCGUGCAACCAUGAAAGUGAUGAUCCUCCUAACGACCCUUCAGAAUUAAGAAGAUCAUCACGAAUUAAAAACAAAAUAGCAGCAGCAACAACAACAAGGGCAUCAGCANGCACUUUUUUUGAAUGUUUUGAGAAAAUGAUGAGUUUGAAAAUAAUUUUAUUUUCUAUAGUAUCAUAUCAAAAGAUGUCCGAAGUUCUCCUUUUUUUGAUUGCUGAAAACUGA